AUGGAGGUUUUGCGUAGUUUGAAUCGACUUGUGAAGGAGUGGGUGAAGAAUGUCACAGCCAUCAAGAUACCAAGUGGCGAAGGAGCGAACGCUGGUGGCAAGCUCUUCACAUUCGGUUCCUAUCGACUCGGCGUCCACAGCUCCGGUGCAGAUAUCGAUACACUCGCUGUGGUGCCACGUCAUAUCGAUCGAACUGACUUUUUUACGUCGUUCAAAGAGAUGCUCAAUCAGGAUCCAAAUGUCACCGAGCUGCAUGCAGUCGAAGAGGCGUUCGUUCCGGUUAUGAAGCUGAAAUAUUCUGGAGUCGAACUCGAUAUAUUGUUCGCUCGACUCGCGUUGAAAGAGGUUCCCGAUACACAAGAACUCUCCGAUGACUCGCUUCUCAAGAAUUUGGAUCAGGAAAGUGUCAGAUCGUUGAACGGAUGCCGUGUGGCUGAGCAGUUGUUGAAACUCGUUCCCCGCCAGAAUAACUACUGUGUCGCUCUUCGAGCCAUCAAGUUAUGGGCUAAAAAUCACGGAAUUUAUUCCAACUCGAUGGGUUUCUUCGGAGGAAUCUCAUGGGCCAUUCUCAUCGCACGUGCCUGUCAACUCUAUCCGAAUGCCAGUCCGUCUCGAUUGGUGCACAGAAUGUUCUUCAUUUUCGCCACGUGGACAUGGCCACACCCAGUUUUGCUCAAUGAGUUAAACAGUGAGAGAACCGACGUCGGAGCGCUCAUCGAUCUGGUUUGGGAUCCACGACGAAAGAGUACGGAUCGAUUCCAUUUGAUGCCGAUCAUCACACCGGCGUUCCCACAACAGAAUUCCACACAUAACGUGACUCGUUCCACUAUGCAGGUUAUCAGAACCGAGAUUUGUGAGGGACUGGAAAUCUGUAGAGAUAUCUCUGAAGGAAAGUGUGGAUGGGAUGCGUUGUUCAAGGAGGUCAACUUUUUCAGCCGUUAUAAGCACUAUAUUGCACUGCUAAUGGCGGCUCCAAACGAAGAAGAGGAGCUGAACUACGGUGGAUUCCUCGAGUCUCGAAUCCGUCUACUCGUUCAAAGUCUCGAAAGGAAUCAAGAUAUUGUGAUUGCUCACAACGACCCAAACAAGCAUAAACCAUCGCCGAACGCGAAGUUUGAUGUGAGUCCGGAGAACAAGAGAAUCACUCUCUGGUUCAUUGGUCUCGAAUUCGUGGAGCACACAAAGAGUCUCGAUUUGACGUCGGAAAUUCAUCGAUUCAAGACGAAUGUCGAGUUGCAAGCCAGUGGUGUCAAGGGUAUCGGACCGAAUUGCACGGUUGAGAUCGAUAUGUUCUACGUGAAACGAAACAAGCUAUUCCAAAUAAUAAGUAACGCUGAUCUGAUUCGUGGACGUCACUGGAAGAAGCCUUUGGUUCCACCGAUUCCACUCAAUCAACUCGGCAAAUCGAAUAUUACACGAACGAGCAGCACAAGCUCAGUGCCGACGACACCGACAACUCUCAAUCCUCCGAGCAUAGCGCUCUCUGCUUCGACUAGUGAACUCGAAUCGACCACCACCACCACUAUCAAUGGUACACCAGUCAGUCGUAAGCGUGUAAUUCAAGAAAGCACGACGACAGAAGUGAUGACGUCAUCCGACGGAGUUCCACCGGAGAAACAGAUAAGAGAGUCGUCGUUGGAGGAGUCGUCGGUUGUUGAGAUGUUUGUGCAAGUUGUUGAGCAAAGCGUUGUGCAGGAGAUGGUGAGCACCACCAACGAUUUCGAGCACAGCGAGCAGAAGGUGCAGGCGGAGCCACAAAGUGUUUGA